GCGCCACCGUCGAAGCCGAUCGGAUCGCAAGCCACGGCCGAGCGCAGACGAUGGAGGAUGCAGCAAGGGGGCUCUUUGAUAACUCGGAUACCAGCUCAGACGAAGAGUACCGGCGCAAGAAGGGCAAGCGGAAGCGACUCACGCAGGCCGACCCGACCCCAAGUAGUCCCGCUCCAGAGACGUGGCAAUGUCCUCGAUGUACGUACGCCAACAAGGCGCUGGAUGGCAGCUGCGAAAUGUGCGAUACCAAGCGACCAUCGACACGGCUUGCGACGAGGACAACGCCGACGCCGAUGACGCAGCCUGAGACGACUACCAAUACUCGUUCAGGCACACUGGCCAAGGCUACCUCCAAGCGACCUGCACCGGCUCCUGCAUCAAAACUGCUAGCGUCGACCGUCAAGAAGAAAGCUUCCUCGGAAUGGACAUGCAGCAUGUGUACGCUCAUCAACACCGCCCGGUUGCUCAAGUGCUCUGUCUGUGGCGCCCUGCGCUCGAGCUCGAGCUCGGUGCCAUUGCCGGCCAUGCCACCGCACCGCCCGAGCGAAACGAUCGACAGCAACAGCGAUGACGACGACGACGUGGCACCUGCAAAGCCCGCAAGGUCACAGCUCGAGCUACCCAGCAAGCAGCUCUGGAACGACAAGUACACGCCGUUGACGAUGGACGAGCUCUGCGUCCACCCGAAAAAGGUCCAAGAGGUCGUUGCAUGGCUCCAGCAGCACGCUGUCGAGCGCAAGACGCUCGGGUCCCAGCGACUCCUCUUUCUCUGCGGCCCACCCGGUGUCGGCAAGUCGACCAUCGUUCGCGCCGCCGCCGCCUCUCUUCAUCUCGACAUCAAGCAGUGGAAGGAUACGUCGGGCGUGCGGCCGCUGGGUGCAUCAUCUCGCUCUAUCGCGCUCAUUGAAGACUUUGCAUCGUUUCUCGAGCGCAGCCAGCGCUACGCUAGCCUCUCGUUUGCGAGUAGUGCGUCGCCGUCACAGCAACAUGUAAUCCUCGUCGAGGAGUGGCCGGCGUUCCUGGACCAGCACCGACACGAGGUCCAGCGACUGCUCCAGCACCGCCUGAACGCACGCGACCAUCGGUACCCGAUCAUCAUCAUCUACAGCGACGUGCACGAGACCAAAGUGACGCCGGCGUCGCUCGGAGCGGUAUUUUCUACGGACGUCGUCGCGUCACCGCUCACGCAUACGAUCCACUGCAACCCUGUCGCAUCCGGCAUGAUGAAGAAGUACCUCGGCCGCAUCGCUGCGCGCGAAAACGUGCACGUGUCGAGCUCGCAGCUUUCGGCGAUCGUCGAGCAGAGCCAUGGCGACCUUCGGCACGCGGUCAACACGCUGCAGUUCCAGCGCAAAGCCGCUUCGUCGUCCAAACCAAAGGAAGACGUCCGCGCCCGCGACUCGUUUGCUUCAGAUUUUCACUUGAUCGGGCGCGUCUUGCAUCCCAAAGACCACCAUGACGACGACGUGCUGCGCGAGUGCACGCUCGAGUCUGCGCACGUGCUCGCGACCGUCCAUCACAACUGCAUUGACGUCUUCACCGAGAUUGAAGACGUAUACGCUGCGUUCGAGACGUUUAGCGCCACGGACGUGCUCUUGCGCAGUGCGUACAAGGACCGAUCGAAUGCCAAUGUACGUUGCCACUGUCAUCGAUGGCUGCGACGGGAGGCCUGCCAUGAGGAUGAGGAGGAUGAUGAGGAUGAUGAUGGGGUGGUAUCUCGUAGUACUACCACGCGACCCAGCAGCUCGGCAAGACGCUCGUCGAGCGAGCGAUUCGCGUGGCCAACGCGCACCCUGCGCCGCACGCGUUUCGCCCGAUUGCGCGCCCGACCACGUACGCUGUCGACGCCGCGUCGCGCCACGUGCGUGCACAGGCGCAGGCGGCGUUUGCGUCGCGCCACACGGGUGCAGCGUUGCACCGCGACAUUGUGCCCUACCAGCGCUGGCUCAGCCAUGGACGGUCCGUGGCCAUCGACGCGUCGGCGCUUGAGACAGUCGACGACGACGACAUUAUUGUGGACAGUGAUAUGGACGGCACGUAGUCGAGCGCAGGAUCGGUAAUCGCAUCAUCUUCGUCUCGUGCAACGUCGGUAUGUGUACAUUGCACGACGCGGGCGGGCACAGGCAAGCACUGCGUAUGAUGCUGGCGUCACUCGGAGCGCAUGAAGCUAAUCGGCCAUCGUGUCCCUUCGAUAUGCA